UAUUUAGUAAUUUAUUUUCUCGGAGGAGCAAAACAAAGACUUUCAGUUUGACUUCGCCGGCGAACACAAUGGAGAGAGAUCAAAACGAAAAUUCAACUUCGCCGCCGGCGACGGUGAUCGAAGAAUGGAACGGAACUUCGUCGACUAAACUCACAAAAACAGCCACCAUAACUGCCACGUCAUUAUCUUCAAUCUCUAUCAAAAGGUCAAGUAAUGCAUUCACUCAUAUCUCUCAACGAAUUCUCCAAGCUUUUGUUCCCGAGGGGUUUCCAAGUAGUGUUACUCCAGACUAUGUUCCUUUUCAAGUGUGGGACUCAUUGCAGGGGCUUUCUACCUAUGUGCGGAUGAUGCUCUCUACACAAGCUCUUCUAAGUGCUAUAGGUGUUGGUGAGAAAUCCGCUACUGUUAUUGGGGCAACGUUUCAGUGGUUCUUGCGAGAUUUAACUGGUAUGGUUGGAGGCGUCUUGUUCACAUGUUACCAGGGUUCUAAUUUAGACAGUAAUGCCAAAAUGUGGCGUUUAGUGGCAGAUCUCAUGAAUGAUCUUGGAAUGUUGAUGGAUCUUGUGUCUCCUUUAUUUCCGUCGGCCUUUGUGUUCAUUGUUUGCUUGGGGAGUUUGUCAAGGUCAUUCACUGGUGUUGCUAGUGGAGCCACUAGAGCAGCUUUGACACAGCACUUUGCCCUUCAAAACAAUGCAGCAGAUAUAGCUGCAAAGGAAGGAAGCCAAGAAACUCUUGCUACAAUGUUUGGGAUGGCUUUAGGAAUGCUUCUUGCACACAUCACAAGUGGCCACUCAUUUGCCAUAUGGAUAUCCUUUUUGUCUCUUACUAUAUUCCAUAUGUAUGCGAACUAUAUGGCUGUCUGUAGUCUUUCACUGAAUACCCUGAACUGUGAAAGAUGCUCAAUUGUUUUAUCACAAUUCUUCAAGACAGGCCAAGUUCUCUCUCCAAAGCAGGUCUCCUCCAUGGAGCAUGUUCUACCUUCACGGCUGUCCUCGUUGACCUCAAAAGGCAGUGAUUCUCUAUACAAGCGAGUACAUUUAGGUGUCAGAGUUUCUUCACUUGACAGCCUUGCUAUGGUCAACCUCUUACAAUCUGCUGGAUCAAAUCACAAGAAAGCAAAGUAUUUACUUCAACAAGAAAGGGAUAUUAUCAACAUUAUUACUCAUAAGGAUUCAACCGCAGCUGAUAUAUUGCAAUCAUUCAUCCAUGCGCUUGUCAUGGCAAAACUAGGUGAUCAAGGUGGAUCCAUGUCUUUGGAGAGCCAAUCAUGGAUGAAUAAACACUAUGAAGUUUUUCUUCUGAAGCUUCAGUCAUCAGGAUGGAAGACUGAGCGUCUGCUAUCAUCAUCAGUUGUUUGGAGAGCAAAUUGGCUAGUAGAGUACUCAGAUGGCAAACAUGACUAGAAUGUUUUACGAACUUAAAGUUAUCGAAUAUUGAUGAGAUGAAAAUUCUGGAACCACAAAGUAAUUUUAAGAAACAUGUGCUUUCAAGUUCCAAUCCGGGGUGAUUUCAAGUCAUCAUUUGGUAUAUCUUGGAUCUUCAAUGACAGUGAGAAGGUAAACCUUAAAAAGAGAGGAGAUUUUAUUUGGCAAGAGGAGUUAUUUAGUUACAUGUGAAGUAUCAGAACCAGUCAGUUUAGCCUGGCUUACAUACUGUGACUUCAAAGGAUAGCAAUUGAUGCAUAGUUUCUGAGAUCUUGGAGAAACUUUUGUUUACUGGAAUUUUAAAAGGUGCUAGCUAUUCUUGAGAUCAAAGUUGUAUUGUAAUUUAUGGCAUUAUUUCAUAAGCCUGAGUGGAGAUUCCAUUGAGGUGUGCCCCAACUAACGGGAGAUUUUGGUUUUAAGAAGGAAUAUUUUAUUUGCAAUGAAAUGUUGUCUAUACAUCUUAGCGGUAUUGUUAAUUGGCCUAACAAUGUAUGUAUAUAGGUCAAUGCCAUUUUCUUCCUACAGCGCAAAAAUCACCUCCAAAUAGGGUUUUCACUGCAAAAUUUGAAAAUUGAAAACCAAAGUAGGGCGUUCACUGUAUAGCGACUCCUGGCAGGAGUGAGAGCCAACUCUUCUCCAAAUUAGGCUUUAAAUUUUGGAGCCAAUCCUCCGGCUGAAGGGCGACCUGACUCCUCCAGGUAUGAUAAGUGCUGGUAUUUCCUAUUACCCUUUGUCCUUGUUAGAGAUAUUUCUUAGAUUCCUUUUCUUUUUCUUUCCUUUUUUGGUAUUUGAAAUUGAUGUAUUUGGGUUGUUAUUUUGCAUUUGUAUUGCACUUGGAUGUUAUUAAUUUGUCAAUUUAGAGAUA